CUCAAUUUCUCACCACAAGAAAACAUACCAAAUAUUUCAAGUCAUAUUUGAUUUGAUUUCACAUCCUCACAAAUGGCCGGAAUUACGAUCGUGUUGGACUUCGACAAGACCAUCAUCGAUGUCGACAGCGAUAAUUGGGUAGUCGACGAGCUCGGUGCCACCGACUUGUUCAACGAGCUCCUCCCCACCAUGCCGUGGAACACUAUGAUGGAUAGAAUGAUGAAAGAGCUUCAUGAACAAGGGAAAACCAUUGAAGAUGUCAAGAAAGUUUUGAGAAGGAUUCCCAUACACCCAAGAAUCGUUCCUACUAUCAAAACUGCACAUGCUUUGGGAUGUGAUUUGAGGAUUGUUAGUGAUGCGAAUUUAUUCUUCAUCGAGACGAUUGUUGAGCAUCUCGGAAUCAAGGAUUAUUUCUCGGAAAUCAACACGAACCCGGGCUAUGUUGAUGAAGAAGGGAGGCUCAGAAUCUCUCCCUUCAUUGAUUUUCACACAUCUCCCCAUGGCUGCAGCCUAUGCCCUCCCAACAUGUGCAAGGGCAUGAUCAUAAGUAGGAUUCAAGCCGAUUUAGCAAAGAAAGAAGGGAAGCAAAGGAUCAUAUAUCUCGGUGACGGAAUUGGCGACUUUUGCCCGAGUUUGAAGCUAAGGGAGGCCGAUUUUAUGAUGCCGAGGAAGGACUUCCCCGUGUGGGGCUUGAUAUGCGAAAAUCGCACACUUCUGAGGGCCGAAAUCCACGAAUGGAUCGACGGGGAGGACAUGGAGAAGAUCGUGAUCAAGCUCAUUGAAAAGAUUAAGAUUCAAGAUUUGUUGGAAGUUGAUUCAUUCAAGAUUGAGACAGUGCCUAUAGCCUUGCAACAAUCGGUGAAAGUCCACCAGUAGGAUUGGAAGUAGCAUUAUUAACUUGGCUGAAGAAAACAAGAAGAUAUGGAAAAUUUUAGCCUUUAUUUACUUUUUUCCUUUUUUUCCUAUUGUUUGUGAAGUGUAACUUUUUGUGUGUUUGUGAAGAAAAGGAGCAUGUUCAUUUGCUCCUCAUAAUAUGACUCUUAAUUAGUAUA